AUGCCUCAACUCAGCACAACGGCAUGCGCACCAAUCACAAGCAUGCACUGCUUGGGAUUUGAUGGCGAAUAUACCAAGCACAUUCGACCUGUACAGAACACGUCACAUAUCACCAUGGUGACGUACGGACUAGCUAUCAAUCAGCUUAUUGAAUUUGUGGGAAUAGAACAGUACAUCGUGCUAUCUGUAUGGAUUAGGCAGCGAUGGCAAGACGAAAUUCUAUCAUGGCAACAACACAGGUACGGCGGGAUUGACCAGAUAAUCCUGCCCUCUUCGUUGGUAUGGAAACCAGACAUAAAACUAUACAACAGUGUUUCGUAUAGUAUCGUAGAGGAGGUAUUAAGUAUGGAUGAAAAUAACGUCAUCGUCAGUUCGAAUGGAUCCGUAUUCUGGAUGGCGCCCGCUAGAGUUAAAGCUUCUUGUCUUAUGGACGUAUACUACUACCCGUUCGACGAACAGACAUGCUAUUUGAAAUUUGGUCCCUGGGCUUAUGAUACACGAAUGGUACAAAUGGUUAGUGACCUGGGUCACGUGGACCUUAACGACUACGCCAACAAUAUGGAAUGGGAUUUGGCUGACACACUUGCAGAGGAACACGAGGUGUACUACGGUUGUUGCCCGGAUGCACCAUUCUCUGACGUCACGUUCAUUUUAUUUUUUCACAGACACCCUAUGUUUUACGGAUUUAAUUAUCUUUUUCCAAAUUUACUGAUCUCGGCUUCCACUUUGGUUGGUUUUUGUCUGCCAGCUGAGUCAGGAGAGAAGAUUACUCUCUGCAUCACUAAUUUAUUAUCGUUGAUAUUCUUCCAUCUGAUGAUAGUACAAGGAAUGCCGCCCAUUGCCGGUGGAAUUCCCGUAAUUGCACAACAUUUUGCUGCGAUGAUAUCAAUGGUGGGCGGAUCAUGUCUUACGUCAGUGGUUGUGUUGAAUAUCCAUUAUGAUCAAUCAGAAACCAAGGAAGUACCAGCAUGGUUGAAGACAAUCCUCUUCAAAUACGUAGCCCCAUUAGUGUGCCUUCAGCGCAAAAGAAAGUACUUCCCUUCACUACAGCCUAUGGAUGAAUAUGGCAGUAAAAUACGCGAGAGCCUCGCUCCAAUACGACCGCUGUCCGUGAAUUCCUAUUCUCUGCUUAAGCUACAGGACAAAAAAACCUCGUCAUUCGGAAAGUCGGAAGAAACUUUAGACCAGAUUUUACGCGAAGUGCACUAUUUGAAUUUCAUGGUGAAAGAAAAAAAUGAGCGACAGAAGAUUAUCAGGGAAUGGCACCACGUGGCAAAAAUUGUCGACCGAAUGAUGAUGCUGAUAUGUGCUUGUUACGUAUUGGUUGUAUCAGCUGUGCUUUAUGGUAGAGCACGUGAUAUAUACUGA